AUGGCGCCGCGGAAGCACGCAGUUUCCAAAUCCAAGCAAACCUCAAGUGAGCCAGGCCUUGUGCUUGUUGAUGACUACGUUCGCGAGGAAGGCCAGCAAAGGUUGCCUACGAUCCACGGUAGAGAUGAUCCCGGGGCCUCAAAGGAGAGCAAAUCACAAAGUGCACCCAGCCUUGGUGUCAAGCAGAACACAACGCCAGCACCUGGCCAAUACGUCUGGAACGACAAUGUGAAUCUGCGCAAAAAGCCCGUGUGGAGCAUGAUGUCCCCCGACAGGAAAAACUUGGACUUGAUGCUGGGGACAUGGACGCCAGCAUCUCGAUCCCUUCAGCCUCGGGCACCAGAUCCGGGAGAGUACGGUGCUGUGGACACAUGUGGCCGAAAUGGAUUGUUCACGAGUCCAAAAUGGUCGCAGGCAAGAUCCAGCGCGCGGCCUUGCUUGGCCCAAGAUCCGCCAGAAGUGGUUGAAAUCGAGAACAAGCUCCCUUCAUCACUUGGUGGUCACAAUCCGAUGCACGUGUGGCCUCCCAAAUGGUCAGUGUAUGGCAAGGACCGAUCGCAGUUGCCGCCCGAUAUCGGGACUUGGACCCCGAAACCAAACACAGAUGUGCGUCCUGGCCCGGGUGCCUACAACCUUAGUGGCCCACCGGGGCAAGUUCGAAAGUCGCGAUGGAAAGCCACAAGUCGCAGCGGCUGCACGUGGGGCCGGCGCUUAAAGAACUUGCACCCCGAGGAGCGCGCAUACAUCACACAAACAAGUGGAGCACGGAUGAGCUAUGGCGAGUGGAUGCGCUACCGGCCAGGUGGAUGA